AUGAUAACCAACACUACAGAGCCCUGGGGUCCUUCUCCUGAGUCCUACACUGUAAGGAAAGAUGGUUUGAUUCCAUGGUCCUUUACGGCGCCCGCUGUACUGAUCGGCGCCUACUGUCUUUCAUUUGCUUGGACCAGCAUCUUUGGCUACAAGUUCCCCGUGGUUGGUGUAAAAUCACUGUGGGAGCCGAUCAUGAUGUCCAACUUCAGGUUCUUCCGUAGUGGAGGAACGGUUUUGCAGGAGGGAUAUCGCGCUUUUCGGGACAAAAUUUUCCAAUUUCGCCGCGCUGGAACCUACAUGCUGGUGCUGCCUCCGAAAUAUGUCGACGAAAUACGCAAGUUGCCACAUCAUGUUGCCAGCCCGACUGUAGCGCACGUUCAAAACUUGAUGGGUUCUUCGACAAAUAUGGACAUCAUUUUGCACUAUAACUUGCACUUCCGCACAAUCCAGCGUAAACUAACACCAAAUCUAAAUUCUCUCCUGCAGCCAAUGCAGGAUGAGCUCAACUUUGCCAUUGAGCAUGGGCUAACAAAGUCUGAGGAUAAUCUGGUCUUAAUCAAGCCUCACCAUAUAAUUGCAGACGUUGUAGCCCGUGUUAGUGCUAGGAUCUUUGUUGGAAAGCCAAUUUGUCGCAACCCAGAGUGGUUGGAGGUCUCGACCCAAUUUACUGAGAAUGUCUUCAUCUCUUUGGUCUUUCUUCGAUUAUUUCCAAUGUGGACUCAUGGGCUUCUGAACUGGCUCAUGCCUUCUUCAUACAAGGGCUCAGCAUAUCUCAGGAAGGCAAAGAAGCUAAUUGUUCCGGAAAUUAAUCGUCGUCGUGGGACGAAUUCUCAGGGCAUCAAGGAGCCAGGGGAGGAUGAACCUGACUUCCUAUCGUGGAUGAUGGAGAUUGCGACUCCACAAGAGAGUGAUCCCGCAACCUUGGCCCAUCUCGAGGUCGUGAUGUCACUCGCCUCUAAUACCUCACAGAUAAACACAGUCCAAGUACUAUAUGAUCUGCUUGCGCAUCCGGAAUAUCUUGAGCCAAUUCGGGAAGAGAUUCGUUCGGUGGUCCACGAAGUGGGCCCUUGGAUGUCUUGGGAGCAACCCGCCUUCUCCAAGCUCCGGAAGCUGGAUUCUUUCAUGCGUGAAUCCCAGAGAUUCAAUCCUCCAACUCUCCUAGCCAUGCUUCGUGUGCUUCUUGAAGAGGCGGUAUUGUCGGACGGUAUGGUUUUGCCGAAGGGGGCCCAUAUCGGUAUGGCAGUCAACGCUAUUCAGAAUGACCCCGAAGUCACCCCUGAGCCCGAGAUCUUCGAUGGCCUCCGGUAUUACAAGCUCCGUCAGCGUGAGGGGGAAUCCAAUCUUCACCAGUUCUCUUCCACCCAGGACCGAAUCCUGAACUUUGGACACGGCGCACACGCAUGCCCCGGGCGCUUCUUUGCCAGUCUUGAGAUCAAGGUCAUUCUUGUCCGUCUACUGAUGGACUUUGAAUUUAAACUUAAGCCUGGGAGCCAGCGCCCUGAGAAUCUACGCGCACAUGAAUUUAUCUACCCUAAUCCCGACGCGGAAAUUCUAAUGUGCCGGCGUCCCGUCUCUGAGAGACUGGAGAUGUAA